GAAAGAAAGAAAGGGAAAAUUAGAAAAACAAUGUGAUUGGAGAGAGAGAGAGAGAGAGAGAGAAAGAGAGAGAGAGAGAGAGAGAGAGAGAGAGAGAGAGAGAGAGAGAGAGAGAGAGAGAGAGAGGAAGAGUGACUAAACUUUCGGAAAAAGCUAAAGGGGAAGUCUGCAAAUAAAGGGAGAGGAGGAGAAACACUAGAAACCACAUGUGGCUGUUAGGAGCUAUAACCCAGCUAUGGAGCGAGACAGAAUAGCUGCUCUAAAACGCUCAUUUGAAGUGGAGGAUGUGGAUUCUCCAUCACAUUCUUCAUCACCUCACACACGCCGAGCACCAUCUAAUGUUCAGCGUUCAGCCAUGUCCCCAACCAGUGGACGGUAUUAUGAAUUAGGUUCCAAUGGUACCAAGCCUUCUGAUAUUUUGAGGCCCAAAGCUCGAACCCCCGAACCUGUGCCACGUAGGACAGAGCUGUGCUUUGACAUUGCAUCCAACAACAACGGAAAAACUACUGAAGGCUCUCCAAGUCCAGGCACAACUCGGUUUGGACUGAAGAGGCCUGAUGUCUUGGGCCACAGUAAGACACCUGAAACCCAGAAGCACUCAGUGACCUUCAGCAAGACACUGGAGACUAUUGCUCCCAUCACACGUGCAGCAUCUACCAUUGUUCCCCAUGCCAGUUCUAAACUCCCAGAGACCACCUUUAGGAAGAGUGAGCCACCAAGCCCUGGGGAUGGAUCAGCAAGAAAACCUGAAAUUAGUAUCUCCAAAACAACAGACACCAGAGGUCAUGAGAGUCUUCACCAUCCAUCAGUUACCACAAGGUGUCCAUCACCUAAUCACGUUGGGAGAAAAUCCCCUGGAUCUGAUGGGCAUAGUAAGUACAGUCUAAUUUUAUCAUUUUUUUUUCUCAAAAGCAGGCUGGUCAAUUGUGUUCUGAUAGAAAAUCACAAAAUAUUUCCCAAGACAUUCAAUUUUUUUUUUAAACAGCAGUGAUACACAUUGUUUGUUGGGU